AAGAUGUCAGCCUCCUGAAAACGAAAUGAGACCGUAACGAUGCGUUUUAUGAAGUCCAAAAUUUGGCAAAUUUGCUUCAUGUAAAUCAUCACACACAUGACUUGUUCAUACAAACGUUUAAAUGCAGACAAUCUGAGAACGGAUAAUAUUUUGGGGGGGAUUUGAGUGACUAUAACUACUUAAGAAAGUUGUUUCUUCUUUUUUCCUCACAAAACUGAGAACCUGUACUCGGAAGACACUGAGAAAUAACGUUCUGGUGUUUUAUGUUAUUGUGACACAAACUUGUUCAAUUAUGUCAUUAAAUAAAUUUAUGCAUCCGAGAAAUCGCUACAAGUUCGUUAAACCAAAUUUUGAGGCCUUGUCUGUAGUUUAUCCCGAGUUUAAGAACUAUGUGUCUGAAGGGCCUAAACCGGGGAAGCUCGUCUAUGACUUUAAAAAUCCUGAUGCUAUUAGAGUUUUUACAACUUGCCUGCUGAAAGAGGAUUUUAGUUACGACAUAGAGAUUCCCCCUGACCGUCUUGUACCAACUCUUCCCCUGCGAUUGAACUACGUUUUGUGGAUUGAAGAUAUCAUUAGUGACUGGGGAAAACAAACCUUGUCUGGAAUCGAUAUUGGAACUGGGGGAUGCUGCAUAUACCCACUGUUAGCCAUAUCCAGGAAUAAUGUUCACUUCCUAGCUACAGAAAGUGAUGAUGUCAAUUUUAACUAUGCUGAGAGAAAUAUUGCAGCAAAUAACCUUUCUGAAAAAGUAACAGUGGUUAAAGUUGACAGCAGUGUGAUCCUUGAAGGCAUCAUUGGAAGCAGCGACAAGAAGUAUGACUUCUGUAUGUGCAACCCUCCUUUCUUUGUUGACCAUUUUGAGGCCCAGGGACUGAUAUCGCGAACAUCUCACAGACCAGAGCCCCAAACCAUCUCUACUGCUAGUCCUCAGGAAGGCAUAGCAGAGGGAGGGGAAGUGGGCUUUGUAAAAAGAAUGAUCGAGGAAUCGAUCUUUCUGGGAGACAAAGUCAGAGUGUACACCACCAUGCUUGGCAAGAAAGCUAGUCUAAGUCCACUGAAGGAUAUCCUGCACCAAUACAAGGUUCCCAACAUUGCAACAACACACUUCUGCCAAGGGAAGACAAUGCGUUGGGGUCUAGCAUGGACGUUUGAUAAAACUGUCAGUUUUCCAAAAUCAGAGUUUGAAAAAAAUAAGACAGACGCCAAAAAAUCAAAAUCACUCGUGCAUGUCCUUCCAACACAGAUGGGAGAACGACGAGAGCAUGUUUCUAGCCUGGUAUCUUUCUUAAAGCAAGUCUUUGCCGACUUGCAGAUCCACUGCCGGGAAGGAAAAAGCAACAAAUACUUCUCCAAUAUGACCAUCACAGCUGCCAACAACACCUGGAUCCACUCAAGACGUAAGCGUCGACAUCUAAUGAGACAAGCAGCAGCCUCAAUACAAAUGGUUUCUGAAAAUGUAGCAAGCACCAGUGAAGACAUGAUCACACAAGCUGGUACUGUUGCUGUAGAAAUCUCCACUUCUGGGACAGACAAUGGAACCAAGUGCAGCACACAUGAUGAGGGUGCAAGGUCAUGCAAGCAUGGGCAGAAGAGCGAGUCAGAAAUGAAAGAACUUGAUAAGAAAGAAGUCGAUAGAAAAGUGGCUUCAGAUUCAGCAACCAUCAGAGAAGAGGAAGGAAUGUUGUGUGGGCAAAUGGAUGAACAAAAGGUAGACCCACCUGGCAUCAAUGCAACAAAUACUGAGCAGGUACGCAAAAGAAAAGAUACAGAAAGCAAGAACCGGAGUUCUAAUGGUCAUGUUGAAACAGUAUCCGCGAAACGGCAAAAGAUAAAUAAUUCUGAAGAUGAAGAAGCAUUUUCUUUAAAUGCUCAAAUAAAAGAUUACUCUGUGGAUGCAGCAAACAGUAUUAGUGACAACGUAACUUCACCACUCAAAGAGACGAAAAAUGAAAUUCCUGUAGAAAAAAGUGAAGCAGAGAUAACAAGUGAGGAUAGUCGACCACCAUCACAAUAUGUACUUAAGUGUCAUGCUACAGUCAGGGUUCAAGAUGGAGAUCUGGCCCUGGAGUUGACAUGGCUCCAUGGGACUGAUACUCAACUCCUGCACCAGUUGAUGCAACAUCUCAAAAAUCGUUUGUCUACUCGAGCAACUACAACAUGAAAGUUUGAGACUGUGCCAGGUCUGUUGACUGGAGUUAUAUAACACAGAAGUCACUUCAAAGCAAAGCAUGACAGCAUGAUCACAUCUGAGCAGCAAGGACCAGUCCACCAGAACCCACAGCCACAUAAAUCAUCAGGACCAGUUAUCUAUACCUCAAUACAUUCUUUGGUAAAACACA